AAUAUUAAAUAUCUGUUAAUAAUCAUAUAUUAUAAGCGGAUAAAAGAAAUAAAAAUUGUAUUUGAUAUCUUACGUUAGGGUAAAUUUACAAAUGACCGUUACCGGUAUUGAAAACACUACCCACUUAAAAUUUAAAUAUUUGAAACAGUUUACAGUUGGAAAAUUGUCUGACUGAUCAGUCAAGUAGGUUUUAUAAAUAUUUUUGUAAUAAUAAUGUGUUUUUAUAUAUAUUUGUCGAAAUAAAUAUUAUUUUGUAAAUAGUAAUUGUUAGAAGUAUAGUUCAGUGAGACCAAAGGAAAAUAAGAACAGAAAUCUAAGGAAGAACACACAGGCUUUUUGACAUAUUUUCAAGAAUAAUUGAAAAGAUUAAUUAUAUCUAAAGCACAAUGAAAUCUUCACGUGGAAAAAUGUUAGGGUCAUCCCGAAAAGCGAUUAAUCGCAUAAGAGGUGCUAACACAUCAUACAAAGAUCCUGUUCAAGUAUACUGCCGUUUAAAACCUAUGCAAUUUCCUAAUGAUGUAUCGUGUAUGAGAGUUGUAUCAGAUUCAACAAUAGUAAUCACACCACCAGAAUCUGCAGUUAAUUUUCGUAAUACCACUAAUAAGGAAAUACAAACGACAUUUACUCGUGUGUUUCCACCAGAUGCUACACAAAAGGAAAUAUUUGAUACGGUAGCAUUACCUUUGGUUGAAAAUCUUAUACAAGGAAGAAAUGGUUUAUUGUUUACAUAUGGGGUAACUGGUAGUGGUAAAACGUAUACUAUGACUGGAGAUACUUCUCAAGAUGGGAUUAUGCCUCGUUGUUUUGAUGUUAUAUUUAACAGUAUUAUAAAUUAUCAAACUAAGAAAUUUGUAUUUAAACCUGAUAAACUCAAUGGUUUUGAUGUGCAAAGUGAAGCAGAUGCGAUGUUAGAUCGACAAAGCGAAAUACAUGCUGGACUUAUGUCUCAGAAAAGCAGUAAAUCUGGAAAACUACGUAAAGUGGAAAGUGACAGCGAUAGUAAUCCUGCUAUAAUUCGUGGAUGUAAUGAAAUCCAAGUUCUUCCUAUCGAGCAAGACAAUGCAUAUGCUGUGUUUGUUACAUAUGUUGAAAUAUAUAACAAUAGUGUAUAUGAUUUGUUGGAUGAUGAUGAUGUUAGAACUAAAACAUUACAGAGUAAAAUUGUAAGAGAAGAUGGUAAUAAAAACAUGUACGUUCAUGCCGUCACUGAAGUGGAAGUGAAAAGUUCAGAGGAAGCAUUCGAAGUGUUUCAUCGUGGUCAACGAAAAAGACGUGUUGCUCAUACUGCUCUUAACGCAGAAUCAAGUAGAUCUCACAGCACAUUUACUAUUCGUCUUGUACAGGCACCUUUAGAUAGCGAUGGUGAGCAAGUUACGCAAGACAAACGUGUUGUAUGGAUAAGCCAACUAUCAUUAGUUGAUUUAGCUGGGAGUGAACGUACAAAUCGUACUAAGAAUACAGGGCAACGAUUGAGAGAAGCAGGAAAUAUAAAUAAUUCGUUGAUGACUCUUCGAUCUUGUAUGGAAAUCUUAAGAGAGAAUCAAAUACAAGGAACUAACAAGAUGGUGCCGUAUAGAGAUUCUAAACUUACGCAUUUAUUUAAAAAUUACUUCGAUGGGGAAGGACAAGUUAGGAUGAUUGUUUGCGUUAAUCCAAGAGCAGAUGAUUAUGAUGAGACUAUUCAAGUGAUGAAAUUUGCUGAAGUAACUCAAGAAGUACAAGUAGCAAGGCCCACGGUUAAUAAAAUCGAUCUUGGUUAUACACCUGGAAGAAGACAAGCAAAUAAAAUAUUUAAAGAAGCAAAAAAUAGAUUGGAAAAAGAAGGCCGUGUAGAAGUUAAUGGUUUAGAAAUUGAUAUUGGUUUAGUGUACAGCUUGGGUGGACCAUUCCCUGAAUUAGAAAUGAAUAAUCCACACAAUGAUCAAAUCAUAACAAAUUUAAUGCACUUCUUGGAGCAAAGAAUAAACAAACGAAAUAUGUUACGGACUGAUUUACAACAAAAGCAAAAUGAAUUCAGAAAAAUGCUUUCAUCGAUGGAAAAAGAAAAUAUUAGUUUAAAAGUAGAUAAUGCUUCAUUGAAAGCUACGAACGCGCAGCAAAAGAAAAAGAUUGUAGCUUUGGAAGGUCAUCUUGGGAAAACGGAAGCGCAAAUCGAUAGUUUGAUUUGCAAAUUAAACAGUGCAAAUGAAACGAUAAAAACUAUGCAACAGGAAGUAAAAAAUAGAGACAUGGUAUUAAAUCAACGUUUGAUAGAUAAACAAAGAGCCAAACAAAAAUAUAAUACUAAGAUACAGGUAGAGACGGAUAAGAUGAAUAAAGAAUUAGAAGUAAAACUUCGUCAACAACGUGAACAACUUCAGAAUCAAAUGAAAGCCCAAGAUGACAAAUUGAGAUUAGUUAAACAAAUUUUAGUUGACGAAAACGUUAAUUCAGAAAAUAUUUUAUCCAAGGAUGUACCACCUGUUACGCCUGUUCGUGUAGCAGAUAUUACGAAAAGGUUAGUACCUUUUACAGAAGGAAGAUCACGGAAAGAUAAAACAAUGAUAUCAAAUGUAAGGUAUAGACGUUCUCAAAGCGCAGAUAGGUGGAUUGAUCAUAGACCUGGAGCACUUGCUCCUCUUGGUACUGUCCUCCAACCACUAAUGCGUAGAAGACGAAGUGUUACCCGACUUACGAGUCCAAAAGAAAUUACAGAUGGUGCGUCUAGGUAUUGCCUAGUCGCACAAGAACAUGAUACUGAUGGAGAACUUGAAACCAAACUUUUUAAGGGAGAUAUUUUACCAACUUCUGGCGGAGGAGCUCAAGUAGUAUUUAAUGAUAUGGAAUGCCUAAAACAAUCAUCACCAAAAGCAAGAAAACGUAGUGGACUAGACGAAGUAGAUAGUCAAAUAAGUUUAACAAAUCACAGUUUAGAAUUACAUAAUAAAAGGCCACGAAUAAUAAAUUAAGUGAUUUUUAUGAAAAGGAAGAUUUUCUUCAAACUUUAGUAUACUAUGAUUCUUCAUAUAAUAGUAUUACUUCAAGAGAUUAUAUUUAAUUUAUGUAAUUUUCGAUCAAAUAUUUUUACUGUGUCUAUUUUAAACAGUACUAACAGUGAAGUUCUUAAUAUUACGAGGUACAUUUUAGAAUUGUAUAUUCUUGUAGAGAGAUCACA